AUUGCCUACUUGUAUGAUUGUUGCACCAAGUCGACAAGCGGGUCAAAUGACGUCGUAGUUUGGCGACGAGGACACGCACUGCAACAGCAACGAGGCACCUGUUGAACAGACACUACUGCAGAGAUGCCUUACCUCAAGCAGAUUGAUAGGUCUGCGAUAGGGGCCUUCUGCCCGCACGCGCCCUUCCUGGCAGCGGGCACGGUCGCGGGAGCCAUCGACAUCAGCUUCUCCACGAGUUCUGUGCUUGAGGUCUUUUCUCUGGACUUCGCCAAUGGCUCAGAGGCUCUGGUGCCAUGUGGCAGCGUUUCGGCGCCAGAGCGCUUCAACCGGCUGGCUUGGGGCCAGCACCUGGCGGAUCAGUCUUUCCCGCAGCUUGGACUGCUGGCGGGAGGCCUCGCGGAUGGCUCGGUGUGCCUGUGGGACCCAACCGUCCUCCUCGAUCCCCACGCCAAGGAGCAGCACCGCGUGCCGCUGCUGGCGAAGAUGCAGAAGCACACGGGCGCUGUGAAGGGUCUGGAGUUCAACAGCUUCAGCCCUAACCUGCUGGCCUCAGGCGCGGCGGAUAGCGACCUGUGCAUCUGGGAUGUGGCCAAGCCAGCUCAACCCUCGCUUUACCCGGCCCUUAAGGGCGGUGCCGGCACUCCGGGCUCGGCUGCGGGCGGUGAGAUCACCUACCUGGCGUGGAACAAGAAGGUGCAGCACAUUCUGGCGUCCUGCAGCACGAACGGCACGACCGUGGUGUGGGACCUGAAGCGCCAGAAGCCGGUGAUCAGCUUCCGCGACCCCAACAGCCAGCGCCGCGCGUCAGCCAUCCAGUGGAACCCGGACAUCGCUACACAGCUGAUUGUGGCGUCGGAUGAUGACCGCUCGCCCACCUUGCAAAUGUGGGACCUGCGCAACAGCGUUUCGCCGCUGAAGGAGUUCGUGGGGCACCAUAAGGGCGUGCUGAGCAUGGCGUGGUCGCCGCACGACUCGUCCCUGCUGCUGAGCAGCGGCAAGGACAACCGCACCAUCUGCUGGGAUGUGCACUCGGGCGACAUCGUGUGCGAGACGAGCGGCAGCAACUGGAACUUCGACGUGCAGUGGAGCCCCACCAUCCCCGGCACCUUCGCCACCUCCUCUUUCGACGGCAAGCUGGGCGUGUGCAACCUGGCCACGUGCACCGGCUCCAAGGUCACGGAGACGGUGAACGCGGACUUCACGGUCACACACUCGAUCGUGGGCGACGCCACGCCGCUGGCGAAGGCGCCCGCCUGGAUGCGCCGCCCGGUCGGCGCCACCUUCGGCUUCGGCGGGCGCCUGGUGUCGUUCAGCCACAACCGCACGCAGCUCACGGACCCCGCCACUGGCGCCGUGCGCAUGCAGGACAGCGCGGUCCUGUCCGUGAAGCAGGUGGUGACGGAGCAGGAGCUGGUGGCGCGCUCGGAGGGCUUCGAGACCGCCAUCCAGGGUGGCAACCUGCAGACGCUGCGCGAGUACUGCACCAACAAGCGCGCCGCGCUGGCGUCCACGGGGCCAGAGAGCGCCGAGUCGCAGCAGGAGGCGGAGACAUGGUCGUUCCUGUCAGUGCUGUUUGAGGGCGACGACGCGCGGCGUGUGCUGCUGCAGACGCUGGGCUUCAAGGACCUGCCAGCGCGGGAGAACAGCGCCGCGGGCGGGCCCACCGAGAACGGCGUGGAUGCGGCGGCCGCGGGUAUGGAUCAGCUCAACCUGCAGAACGCCGAUGGCGUGCCGCGGCUGGAGGUGCCUGGCGCCAGCGUGGGCGGCGCCGUGGCUGCCAGCCCGCACCAGCUGCUGGCGCAGGACGACCCCGACUUCUUCGACAAGCUGGAGGACACGGAGGUGGUACUGGGCGGCCUGGCGCCGGACGCUGACGUCGCCGCCGCAGCCGCCGGCCCCGACCUUGGCGGCGUGCAGCCGUUGAAUGCGGGCGCCAUGGACGCCAUGGCGCGCGAGGCGGGCAAGUCGCUGCCGGAGAGCCACGCGCACGCGCCUGGCCACGUGCCCGGCGGCGAGAUGGAGGCGGAGAUCGUCAAGGCGCUGACGGUGGGCUGCUACGCCACCGCCGUGGAGCACUGCCUGUCGGUGCACCGCUACGCGGACGCGCUGAUGAUUGCCAACACCGCGGGCCGCGACCUUUACCAGCGCACCAUGCACAAGUACAUGCAGAAGUGCCCGCACCCCUACCAGGCCAUCAUCCGCGCCAACCUGGAGGGCGACUACAGCGCGCUCAUUCGCACGCGGCCCGUGGCGCAGUGGCGCGACACGCUGGCCAUGCUGGUCACAUACACGGACCGCGACAAGUUCCGCGGCCUGGCCGACACACUGGCCAGCCGCCUGGCGCAGGCGGGCAUGCACCACGAGGCUUCGCUGUGCUGGGUGUGCGGCGGCCACACGGACCAGGCGGUGUCGUACUGGGCGCGCAACUGCACCGGCGCGUCGGGCACCACCACCGAGGUGCUGCAGAACGUGAUCGAGAAGGCGGUGGUGAUGGGCAUGGCUCCGGGCGUGUCCACCACCUCGUCCUCGCCGGACGGCGUCAACAAGGCGUCCCAGAGCCUGUCUGAGCUGGUGACCGCCUACGCCUCGCUGCUGGCCUCCAACGGCCGCAUGGCCACCGCGCUGGACUACCUCGAGCACGUGCCCGGCGAGGCGUCGACCACCGUGGCGGUGCUCAAGGACCGCAUCUACCGCAGCGGCGUGGCGGAGCUGCCGCAUGGCGUGCACCCGCCGCCCUUCCCCUUCGUGCGCGAGGAGGUAGCGGCGCAGGCGCCCAAGUCGGCUGCUCAGCCCGCCAACGCCUACGGUGCCUACGGCCAGGCCGGCUACGGCCAGCAACAGCAACAGCAGCAGGCUGCUGCCCAGUACGGCGCCUACGGCCAGCAGCAGCAGCAGCAGCAGCAGCAGGCGGCUCAGCAGCAACAGCAGCAGCAGGCGCAGGCACAGGCGCAGGCCUACAAUGCCGCGCAGGCGCAGUACGGCAAGCCGGCCCAGGCGCAGCCGCAGUACGGGGCCACUAACGCAUACGCCCAGCAGCCGCAGCAGUACGCCCAGCAGCCCGCGGCGCCGCAGCAGAACCCCUAUGCGCAGGCGCCCGCUCAGCAACCUGCCCAGCAGCCGCAGCAGUAUGCACCGCAGCAGGCAGCGAACCCCUACGCCGCGCAGGCCGCCGCACAGCCGCAGAACAACGCGUACGGACAAUACAACCAGUACCAGCCGCAGCAGCCGCAGUCUUACGCGCCCGCCGCGGCGCAGCAGCCGCAGCAGGCGGCGCCGGCGCCGGCGUACUCGGCUGCCCCGGCCGCUCCUGUGUACGCGACGCGGCCGGCGCAGCCGGUGGCGGCCGCCCCCACCACCUUCACGCCCACUAGCGUUGCGCCUCCGGCAGUGCCGCAGACUCAGCCCGCUGCUGCGGCCCCUCCGCCUGCACCUGCCAUGCCUCAGCAGCCGGUCUACGCUGCACCGCCCGCGCCCGCGCCCUACGCUCCCACUCAGACGACAGCGGCGCCGCACGCUGCGGCCGCGGCUCAGCCCAGCUUCUUCGUGCCGGCCGCGGGCAUGGCUGCACCGGUCGCACCAGCUGGCCCCAGUGGUAGCUUUGGGGGCGCGCCGCCGCCGGCGGGCGGUAUGGGCAUGGUGCCCGGCGGUAUGCCUCCCGCCCCCACGUCGCAAAAGGCUAUGCCGCCACCCCCACCGCCGGGCCCGCCGGCGAACAUCUCGGUCGCCACCGCCGACACCAGUGCCGUGUCCGCGGAGCUGCGGCCGGUCGUGGCAUCGUUGACUAACCUCUACAACACGUGCCUGCCGCUGGCCAACAACCCAGCCAAGAAGCGCGAGAUGGACGAUAACACGAAGAAGAUCGGGCAGCUGUUCUGGAAGCUGAACGCCGGCGAGGUCAGCGCCAGCGUGGUGCCCAAACUGCAGCAGCUGUGUGCCGCUAUCGACGCCGGGGACUGGCACACCGCAAACCACAUCCAGGUGCAAAUGACUACCACGGACUGGGACGAGUGCGGCUUCUGGCUGAGCGCUGUGAAGCGCAUGAUCAAGCUGCGCCAGACGUCCUAAGGCUUCACCGCAGCUUGGUGGUUGUGCCGUGUUGGUGUCGCUAAGCUAUGCAGGGCAGGGGAGGAGGGUGAUUUCAGGGGCGCUAGAGGCGGCAUUCGGGCACAAAAUACGUUAGUUGGAAGAGCGAUGUGAGUACGGGCAAGACGUCUGUGCGUUGUUGUGGUGCCGGCGGCAGGCUUCGGCUUCUCGUACGGCUUGAGAACCGCGUUGGGGCACCGAUGGGCGUGCAAUUCGUGGGCAGCAUUUCGGUAUGAGGUAUGGCUAGAUUGGCGCAUGGCAGGGCAUAGUUUUGGUGCCAAGUAGCGCGCAUGCGAGUGCAUGGAAAAGCGCGCAUGCUGUGUGCCGCACCAAAUUAUGGGCCGGUGCAGCUCGCUUGGCAAGGAGUUCGCGCCAUGUGGUGGGCAGUCUCACGCAUUUCCGGGAUAAGUCCUGUAAGGCAUUAUGUCGCAUAGCCAAGGUACUUGAAUUGCCGAGCUUCCGAACGCCUGUUAUGCAGAUGUAGGCACAUUUCAGGUGAGGCAGGGGCACCUCCCUUGGUUCACGUUACUUCCCUAGUCUCGUAUCGUGGCAGCACCAACCGCGUCGGGCUAGGGCUGGACCACUUGGCACGGAUAGCUUCCCGAAUACAGUUUCU